AUGGUCUCGUCUCUGCAGGAAUUCCACUGCAAAAAGCAAGCUGUCCUUGAUGCUGGGGGUCACCAUGGAACCAAAGGAAACAUUCUCAAUCAUUUUCAAAUUCCUAAACUUAAGCUAUUUCAGCACUUUGCGUCAUCUAUCAAGAGCAUGGGCUCUCUUUUGCAGUACACCGCCGAUGUCACUGAGAGGCUAUUGCUCACGCACUGCAAACGGCUGUUUCUUGCCACAAAUCACAAGGAUUAUGGGGAACAAAUGGUUUGUGUAUGGGGAACAAAUGGUUUGUGCACUCAAUACGCUCGAAAUGAGUCGUUUAUUCCACCUCCAUUCGGUUCUGCGAGAACAUGGGGCCAGUCUGAAGUCAGCCCAGAGAACGCCUGGCUACAUCAUAUCUUACCAAGUGAGAAGCCUAUGCAUGGACCACGUCCUAUACGCAAUCAUUUCCUGAAAGGUAUUCUUUCAGAUGACUCAACUUGCACAUUCCAUGUAAAUGUUUCAGCUAGCAUACCUAUCAUCUCAGUGGACAAUGCUGCACAUCAAUUUGGCCUCGAUGAUUUGCGCCCUGCCCUGGCUGAUGUAAGAUUCCUAUACCCUAUGCCGAGUUAA